GGCCAAAGCGGUGUUUGCCCAAAGUGGCGUGUUUCCGUGUCGGUGGGCAAGCGGUAUCGGGGUGUUGUCCAUUGGCGUGGCGAUAAGGCCGUUUGCCGUGGAUGGCGUGUCCCCAGAUAGCGGCCCCCGCACCUCCCGCCCGGGCGGAAUAAAAGCCCCGGCGCCCUUGGGUUGCAUUCCAUUUGCUCCCGGGCCUCCCUGCAAGAAACAUGAACAGCCUGGCGGCAAUAAUCGCGCUUCUGGGACUCUUCUGCAGCCCGGCGUUUGGUUCUUACCAGGUCUAUAGGAUCCCGAGUCCCGACGGAGAUUAUGUCCAGCAAACGGUGACCAUCGACAACGAGAACCAAGUGGCCAAUGUCCAUGUCUAUGGCGGGCUCUGCUCUUCGGACACAAUCUUUGACUAUAAACAUGGCUACAUCGCCACCCGGCUCUUCUCCCGCCGCGCGUGUUUCAUCCUGAAGAUGGAGAAGGACUACGUCCCGCUUCUGGAGGAAAUUGGCCGCCUGUCCUAUGAGAAGCAGAUGAUGAAGGAGAUGAUGUCCUCCAGGAACGUCUGGGUGCAGUACGAGCCCAGCGACUCCUUCUUCGGGACCAUCCGGGAGUGGCUCCGGUUCGGCAGCUCCAUCGAGCACCUCUGCCGGGACGUCCCCGUCUACACCGUCAAAAGGGUCGAGAGCGGCUUCCGUGCCAGCGGCUGUGCCAAGACGGGCAUCCUGGGCAUCAUGGGCAUCACCGUCUGCGGAAACCUGGACCUGUGAGGCCUCCUUCUUCUCUGCAAGACCCACCUCCAAAUGCCCUUCCUUGGGGCCUUCCUGACCCUUCCCUUCCGUGUUCAGACCCACGAAUAAAGAAGAGCAAUGUUUUGCAAACC